GUAGUUUCAUUCGCAAACUAACAGCCAGUGCGAUCUCGCGUGUGGCGUAGUCAGAAAAAAAUAUCGAUAUUCGAAUUGUUAAAUGUGUUAAUUUAUUGAAUUGUAUAUUUUAAAAUUAAAUUAAUUUAUUAAAUUGGGUAUGGUUGUUUGUGCUUGACGAAGAAUUAAUUUUUUUCUUAUAAUAAUUUUGUAAAUAAUUCCUUUCGGAUUUUCGUUGCUGGAUUGACUAUUUAAUAGAAACAAGAUGGCGGGUGUAGUGGUACCAAUCACAAUCGAGGAGGAGUACAAGAAGAACCCUGACAUAUCUCCAGAAGACAUCCAGAAGCUGCGAGACUGGCUCAAGACACAGCCACAUCUACCUGGCCAGUAUUUAACAGACGUGGACCUGCUGAUCGUGUACCACUGCUGCCAGAAGAGCAUGGAGGUGUCGAAGCAGGUGCUGGACCUGCACUACACACUGCGGACACACUUCGCUCCCUUCUUCAAAGACCGCUGCUUCGACAAGAAGGCAGAGUUCGCUUUUACCACAGUAGCAUGUGCUCCACUACCCACGGCGACACCAGAGGGCUACCGAGUGGUGUACUUCCGUCUGGCAGACCCGGACCCUCGGAACUUCAACCUGCUGGAAGUAGUCAGGGCCUUCAUGAUGAUCUUCGACAUGUGGCAGUAUGAAGAGGGCACUUGGCCAGGGUUCGUGAUACUCAUUGACAUGGAGACAGCUUCCCUGGGACAUAUCGCGAGGCUGGACCUCAUGGUCGUCAAGAAAGUUCUUUAUUUCCUGCAGGAAUGCAUGUUAGUAAAACUAAAAGGAGUGCACUUCAUGAACGCGCCGUACUUCAUGGACAAGGUGCUGUCCCUCAUCAGGCCGUACCUGAGGAAGGAGCUGAUGCACCUGCUGAAUGUACACCAGACUGGUGCAGACUCCAUAGAGAAACUCAUCCCAAAGAAGGCACUGCCCAAAGAAGCUGGUGGAGAGUACAAGGAUUUUGAUACUUUGAGAGAGGACCUAUUCAAACGUUUACGAGCGAAUACGGUGUUCAUCCGGGAUGAGAACAGACGCCGAGUGAACGAGUCCCUCCGACCUGCCGGCAAGCCCUCGCCUGCUGAGAGGGAGUUCGGGCUACAAGGCAGCUUCAAGAAGUUAGAGCUAGAUUAGAUUUGGUUUAGGGAUGAAUUAAUUGCUAGGAAUAAAUAUUUUAUUGAAAUU